ACACAGAUUCAGCAUUUAUUAAGAACCUACAAUGUUCAGAGCUUUUAACAGAUAUGGUCCUCACUCUCAAGGAGAAUUACAAUCAAAAGUAAAUAAGACAAAUACCCACGUGUCUCUAAUACAAGUUAAAAGAGACUAAGGAAGAAGUCCAAAGAAAGUCCUGGUGGAAAUUCAUAGAGAGGGCAUUUUAAAAUGAGAUUUAGAUGCCCUGGUGGGCAGUUAAUUUAGCCUUGAAAAGGAGGAAGGAUAUCAGAGGAGGUAGAGAUAGGAGAGUCCAUUCUGGAGACGAAGUGGGGAGGGUAUAAGGGUAUAAAGCAGAGGACUUCAAGCUACAUCAUGCAUCAUUGUUUCUGAUGUAGUUGAAUUAUAGUGCCUGUGUUUAUCCGGGCACUUUAUUCCAUGUUUUCUUAGUUUAUAUGAUAAUCUUGCUCUCUGUAGCAGUUUUAUUUAGAACAAUACUAGUCAGAACACUGCUGGUGGUAUCACUUAUCCUAAAUGUCUCUCCCACUUUUCUUCUCUGGCUUUCCCUACGUAGGGAGGUAAUGGGGGGUGGAGAGUAUAUGUCCAGCAAAUGCUUUUGCUCCCUUCUUUCUUCCUCUCCAUUUCCUUCCCACAGGCCUCAAAUGCCAACAGAAAUGGGAUCUACACUUUGAGAACUCCCCUGCGGCUUUAGCAACGGAGCUGGGCAUGCUCAGACACCAAGGACUCGGUUUCUUUUGCUUCUAAGUUUGGCAGCUUCCCCCACCCCACUGCAUCUGAACAGGCAGGUCUGCGUUUGGGAAAUGCAAAAAACCCAGGAGGAAAUAAACCCAUUUCUCACAGUGGUGGAAGGGAGGAGGGAAAGGGGCGGACGCCUACAUUGGUGGAGUUGCUUUUUUUUCCCAGAACUUGACCUUCCUCCUCCUCUGGGCUGGGAAGUCUAGCACGAACCCAAGACACGACGAAGGGGCGCAAGCUUUUGCUCCCUGGCUUCGGAAAAAGGGGGCGGGGGAGUGGAAGUGGGUGGGAAAGGAAAUGCGGGGGCGCGCGCGCGUCCUGCAGAGGGUGGUGUUGUCCGAGUGCACGUGUGCGGGUGCGCGCCGUGGGGAGUGGAGGGAAGGGAAAGAGGCGGGGCUGCUGCCAGGACCGGGUUGGGGUGAGAGUACGCGGGCGCAUUGCACUACCGAGGAGGUACAGCUACAGCAGCCGGAGCAGUAGCGGUGGCGGUUGCACUUUGGGAAGGGUAGAUAACUAUAUGUAUCAGUUUUGGCAUCAGCAACAGUAUCCCCUGCGUUUCAUCCUUCAGUCUGGGUCAUAGGGAACCGAGGUGCUCUUCUCAGAAGGGGAGCUCAGGGCCUGAGAAUCCUCCCCUGGAUGCUACUGGCACUCUCUUCUUAGGCUCCUACUUUCACCAGUGGGCUGGAGAGUGGGGAGAGCUCCCGGAGAGGGACGCUGUGGAACCUCUCCUGUCGUCAAGCCCAAGAGCGAGUCCAUAGGCGACCGCGAGGGAGCCUGGCAAUUGGGAUUGUGGAAGAAGAAAUAGACGUUGGAGGUGGAGGGAGGAAAGGUCCUUCCCGACGCUCCACAAGAUGGGCUGUACGUUGAGUGCGGAGGACAAGGCGGCGGUGGAACGGAGUAAGAUGAUUGACCGUAACCUGCGGGAGGAUGGCGAGAAAGCCGCGCGGGAGGUCAAACUGCUUCUGCUGGGAGCUGGUGAAUCAGGGAAAAGUACAAUUGUAAAACAAAUGAAAAUUAUCCAUGAAGCUGGUUAUUCAGAAGAAGAAUGUAAACAAUAUAAAGCAGUUGUUUACAGCAAUACCAUUCAGUCGAUUAUUGCUAUUAUUAGGGCAAUGGGAAGAUUAAAGAUAGACUUUGGAGACUCUGCUAGGGCGGAUGAUGCCCGGCAACUUUUUGUUCUUGCUGGUGCUGCUGAAGAAGGUUUUAUGACAGCAGAACUUGCAGGUGUUAUCAAAAGAUUGUGGAAAGAUAGUGGUGUACAAGCCUGUUUCAACAGAUCCCGGGAGUAUCAACUUAAUGAUUCUGCAGCAUACUACUUGAAUGACUUGGACAGAAUAGCACAUCCAAAUUAUAUCCCAACACAGCAAGAUGUUCUCAGAACCAGAGUGAAAACAACAGGAAUAGUUGAAACACAUUUUACUUUCAAGGAUCUUCAUUUUAAAAUGUUUGAUGUGGGAGGACAGAGAUCGGAAAGGAAGAAGUGGAUCCAUUGCUUUGAAGGAGUAACUGCUAUCAUAUUUUGUGUAGCACUAAGUGAUUAUGACUUGGUUCUGGCUGAAGAUGAAGAAAUGAAUCGGAUGCAUGAAAGUAUGAAAUUGUUUGACAGCAUCUGCAACAACAAAUGGUUUACAGACACAUCUAUUAUUCUUUUUCUAAACAAGAAGGAUCUCUUUGAAGAAAAAAUUAAAAGGAGUCCUCUUACUAUCUGCUAUCCCGAAUAUUCAGGUUCCAACACAUAUGAAGAAGCAGCAGCAUAUAUUCAGUGUCAAUUUGAAGACCUCAACAAAAGAAAGGACACAAAGGAAAUAUAUACCCACUUCACGUGUGCCACAGAUACUAAGAAUGUUCAGUUUGUGUUUGAUGCUGUAACAGAUGUCAUCAUAAAAAAUAAUCUAAAGGAUUGUGGCCUCUUUUAAGAUUUUUAAAUUUAAUGGUAAAUCAAGUUUCUUAAGCCAAAUGUAAUUAAAUCUGGAGCCGUAUACACAGGAGCCUCUCUAUAGUAUGACCAGUUGUAGCAUGAAAUUCACAAAGCAAGUCCAUCAGAGACCUAAAUUGAAGAAUGUUCCCCUCUCUCCCUCACUGGAAAUAUCAGAAGGACCUUAUUGUAACACUGUUAAGCCUAUAACAGAGUCCUUAAGCAUGGAACUAGGACAAAGUUAUAGCGAGGCUCCAGUGUAUGAUAUUUGCGUAUUUGCAAAUAUGGAAAUUAUUCUGUGCAUACCUAUAUUUAUAAGUUUAACUGUUGAUCUUUAGAUUUGAAGAAUAGCUUCACAAAAAUCUAAUCUGAUGGUUUUCAAGGUGACAAAUAUAAAGUAACUUGUGCUGAAUGAUAGACCAGUACUGUAUUUGCCAGUUUUAAACAGCUUUAUUUAUGUUCAUGUCUUGUAAAUUUUUAAGUACAGUAAUAUUAAGAAACAUUGAAAAACUACCUUGAUUGUAUGUAUACUUGUAAUUGUAGGAAUGUUAUUUGUACAAAUAUUGAACAAAAUAUUUUAAUAACUUGGUUUGUCCUCUGAAUUUGUUGUUUUAUUGAAAUGCUCUUAAAAGAGGAUGAAUAUACUUGCCUUUGGAUUGAUUAUUUAAAUGAAUCUUGUACAUUUUAGCUUUUUUCUUUCUUUUUAAAGGUGCAUGCUGCCUUCUCUUUUAGGUUUCAGUUGCAAAACUAAAAUGUAUUUCCUAUUUUUUGAUAUGUUAUAGAAAGCCUUAUACUUAGUAUUAUACCUGAUUUUUAUUCGUUCAACUUGUUUUCACUCUUAAAUUUGCUGAUUGGCAUAUUCGCAUUGCCUUAAUGGUGGUGCCAAGAUUAAUUUUUAUACAUUUUAAAUGAAUAAGCUUUUAUUUAUACGUAAAUUGAAGUAGAUGUUGAAAGCAUUUUUGUGGGCUAAAAUGUGAGUGUAAUAAAUUUAGAGACAUUCAUUUGUGUAUUUCCUUUGGGAAACUCCUUGUAUCUAGCAUACAUGAUAGUUUGAAUAGUCUACUACUGAUUCAACAAAAUCUUUAAAUUUAGCUAUAUAACUAGAUUCAGAUUUUAUUAUCUUGCUAUGUUGAAAUUGCCCUUUUUUCUUCUUUUAGGGUAUUCAUAUUUCCUUCAAGUGUCUUAAGUCUGUUUUAUUUCAUUUUAAAAUGUUUCAUUUCUUUUAAAUAUGAAGAAUUAUAUUUUCAAAGAAUACAAAUGCUUAUUUGAAGUAAAUAAUAAUCUAUACUCAUAGUGUUACAUGAUUAUCAUUGAAAUGUUGCACUUUGAUAAAAAAACAUUACUUUUCCAUUACUUAGGCUUGUCUCCCCAUGUAUCUGUUUAAGCUAUUCCCAGCAAAAUUACAAGGGCCAUCUGCUCAUUCCAGAAAAAAUGUUACUUUAGUUUUUUUGCCUGUAAGCAAGUUAAUGGUGUUUAGCUCAUUUCAUUUUACUCUAAUAGUUAUUGUCCAUCACUUUGUGUGUCUGUGUUCUUUAAAGUAUUUUCACGUGACUUGCAUUUAUGUCAGUCUCAAGUAUAAGAGCUUUUUAAAAGUAAUUGGAAAUAAUCAAAUUUUUUUAACUUUGUUGGUCUAAAUUCUUUAUGUGCCUUUUCUGAAAAAAAUGUUUUUUCAUUGAAUUUAUUGAUGGUAGAAUGGCUACAUAUAUCCAUAGUAUGAAGAUGAAAAUAAAAUGAGAUUAUACUAUGAAGAAAUUUUCAUCACGGGAAUUGUGGUUGAAGGGAAAACACAAAACAAAAUAAGAAAGACAUACUGGUGAGCCAUUGCUGAUGAGGACCUGAACUUUAUUCUCUGUAAUUCCGUGUAAUUCUAAUAAAGCCUAAUAAAUUUAACAUUUUUAAAAUUUUACAA